AUGGACAAGAGUGGCAAGGACAAGGGAAGCAAUGCCGGUGCUGACACCAAAGGUGGAGCGAGUCCUUCACGCAUGGCCUCCUCCAACGCCGACGCGAGCUCUGCGAGGUCUGGUAAUGGCUCCAGUGCGAACAAAGUUGGAUACAAGUCCAACACCUCACAUUCCGGUUCGGGACACGGCACCAAGUCCAACACUCCUGCCUCCGCCUCUUCGCCCGGCAAAGACGCCAACAACAACGCGUCUUCCACAUCUGCUUCCGCAAACAACGCCAACAAAGGAGCGAGCCCAAAUAGCAACACCAUUCUGGUCACUCCAGUCGAUCAGAUCAUCCAACCACCUACCUCGCCGCCUGGUACGCCGAGACACCCAUCUCGGUUUCCUAGGCAUGGUAGUGUGAACCGAGAUGGUGAUAAGUGGCGCGAGAAGGCAGAAAGAGUGCAGAAGGAGGGAAAGGAGAUCAGACGCGGUUCACCAAGGUAG